GCCAAAGGGCCUCUCACUUAGGAGCUUCUCCAUUCUGUCAGCUCUCCCGGAACGUCCAAGGCGAGACUGGCACCCAGCGCACGCGGCAGGAACUAUGGAGUCCUUCAGCUCAAAGAGUCUGGCACUGCAAGCAGAGAAGAAGCUGCUGAGUAAGAUGGCAGGUCGCUCGGUGGCGCAUCUGUUCAUGGACGAGACUAGCAGCGAGGUGCUCGACGAGCUCUACCGCGUUUCCAAGGAGUACACGCACAGCCGGCCGCAGGCGCAGCGCGUUCUCAAGGACCUCGUCAAGGUGGCCGUCAAGGUGGCCGUGCUGCACCGCAGCGGCUGCUUCGGCCCCGGCGAGCUGGCCCUGGCUGACCGCUUCCGCCAAAAGCUGCGGCAGGGCGCCAUGACCGCGCUCAGCUUCGGCGAGGUGGACUUCACCUUCGAGGCGGCCGUGCUGGCCGGCCUGCUGACCGAGUGCCGGGACACGCUGCUGGAGCUGGUGGCGCGCCACCUCACGCCCAAGUCGCACGGCCGCAUCCGCCACGUGUUCGAUCACUUCUCCGACGCCGGCCUGCUCACGGCCCUCUACGGGCCCGACUUCACUCAGCACCGGGGCAAGAUCUGCGAUGGGCUCCGGAAGCUGCUGGACGAGGGCAAGCUCUGACAGCUCGGGACCCAGCACGUCCUACCUUAGCCGCACGGCGGACUGAGAAAACCACACCGAAUGGGCUCUCUAACCCUGCUCAUCUGCACUAAUGCUCUUCAGUCCUCAGGCUUCAGUCUUUCCCCAGAGUGCUUUUGCCUCUGAGACCACCCCACCCCCCCAACUGCUGGUGGAGAAGAAGCAAAGCUGAGGGUUGAGGCCUCUCUCCCACUCCAGCCCCAGCACAGGAAACAAAGCUGCCUGAAAAAGACGAAGUGAAACUUGGAUCUCUAUUUCCCCCAUAAGGGACAUUUGAAACAGGGAAGCCCCCUCCAUUGUGAACCAGGGGAAGAGGGCAUAGCCCAACUAACCCUUC